AGGAAGACAUAGCUGCAAGAAUCGAAUAACAAAGAAAAAAAAAUGAAUCAAGCCUCAAAUUUCCAACUUUGGCUACAAUUUCAACCACCAUUUCAAGCCAAUCCCAUCUAUAUUUCCUUUUGCCUUUUCUUCAUCUUCAUCCUCCUUUUGCUAAAGUUAUUGCCAAGCAAAAAACAAAGCCCCAAUUUCCCUCCUUCACCUCCCAAACUUCCCGUCAUUGGCAACCUUCACCAAUUAGGAACCUUACCACACCAAUCAUUAGCUUCCCUUUCCCAAAAAUAUGGUCCUCUCAUGCUCUUAAAACUAGGCCAAACUCCAACUCUAGUUGUUUCCUCAGCAAAAAUGGCUAGAGAGGUAAUGAAGACCCAUGACCUCAUAUUCUCCAAUAGGCCCAAAACUAGAGCCACAAAUCUCUUGUUCUAUGGUUGCCAAGAUGUGGGUUUUGCCCCAUAUGGUGAGAAUUGGAGACAAGCCAAAAAAAUGUGUGUUCUCGAGCUCUUUAGCCUCAAAAGAGUGGAGUCAUUUCAAUAUAUUAGAGAUGAAGAAAUUGAUACUCUUAUCAAUAGAAUUCAUAAGGCAGCUAAUUGUAGUGUUGGUGGUGGUGGUGAGGGUUUGAAUCUUAGCCAAUUGUUCUCUCAAAUCUCAAACAAUAUAGUGUCAAGAUGUGUUAUGGGGAAGAAAUUUGAAGAUGAAAAUGGGAAGAGUAAAUAUGGAGAGGUGUCAAGAAGGACCAUUGAGCUAUUGUCAGUGUUUUGUGUGGGGGAUUUCUUCCCUUCUUUUGGAUGGGUUGAUGUAAUUAGAGGAGUGGUUGGGGAAAUGAAAUUAGUUUCUAAGAAAAUGGAUGAAUUCUAUGAUAUGGUGAUUGAAGAGCAUAUCACAAAGUCGAGGAGUGACGAAGCUAAUGAUCAUAAAAUGGAUUUUGUGGACAUUAUGUUGCAACUCAAUAACCAAGAUGACAUGCUUGAUUAUCAUUUCACUAGGGAUAACCUCAAGGGCAUAAUACAGGACAUGUUCGCAGGUGGGAGUGACACAACAGCAACAACAUUAGAAUGGACAAUGGCAGAGUUGAUAAGAAGCCCAAACACCAUGAAGAAAGUCCAAGAAGAAAUAAGAACAAUAGUUGGAAAAAACAAGGCAAAAAUUGAAACAAAUGACAUUAGAAAAAUGGAAUACAUGAAAUGUGUGAUAAAAGAAUCUCUGAGACUCCACCCACCAGUUCCUCUUCUUGUGCCUAGAGAAACAUUAGACAUGGUAGACAUCGAAGGGUACCAUGUGGAAUCAGGAACAAGUGUGUUUGUGAAUGUCUGGGCAAUACAAAGAGACCCCGAAAUCUGGGAAAGCCCAAACGAGUUCAUCCCAGAGAGAUUCAUGAAUGAAAAGAAAUCAGUUGAUUUCAAAGGGUUAGAUUUUGAGUUGAUUCCAUUUGGAAGUGGAAGAAGGAAAUGCCCUGGAUUGGCAUUUGGGCUUGCAUCUUUGGAAUGUGUGUUGGCCAGUCUUUUGUAUUGGUUUGAUUGGAAGUUGCCUCAGGAUAUGAAGGGAGAAGUGUUGGAUAUGAGUGAAGUGCAUGGAAUCACUAUUCACAAGAAAUUUCCUCUUUUUCUCCACCCAUUACCAUAUAGGUAAAUUAUGUAGUCUAACCAAUUUUCUUGCAUGCUGUCCUAAUAAUAAUAAUAAUAUAUAUAUAUAUUAUUUUACUUUAGUACA